AAGAAAUGGUUGGUGCAAGGCAACAGGGGAAUGAAAUGAGAAAUGCUUCAUAUAAAUGAACUGUUUAAAGAAAACUAGAAUUUAUGCAUGCUCUGCUUCAAAGCCCUUCAGUGAGGAUUUGUGUGCAGUGGAAUGUGAAAAACAAUUGUAGGCUUAGCUGUCUUUUUGCCGUCAUCCGCUGUGCUUCGUUGGAGAUAUAUUCAUUGAUGUUCAUUCGUGGUUGUGCUUUGUGUGUGAACAUGUGUUUCAUUUGCAUGUUGAAUAUGUUAUUUUACGUGUGUGUGUUGAUAUACCUUGUGGGGCUGUGUGCUAAUACUGUAAGUGUGUAUUUAUUUUACGUGAGAGUGUGUGUGUGUGUUUGCAUGUGUCUGUGUGUUUGCACGUUUGUGUGUGUUUGCCACGUGCGUGUGUGUCCAGUCCCCAAGGUGCAGGUGGUGGUGUACUCUACCUGCUCCUUGUACCCCGAGGAGAAUGAAGAGGUGGUGAGGGGAGCUCUGGAGCAGGCUGGGCCUACUGAGGGACCCAAACUACAAGCCUUCAGGCCGAGCUCUUCCUUGCCCACAUCUCUGGGCCGAGCUGAGGAGAGAGCAGGGGGUCCGUUCUUCAGACUGGAUCCUUCAGACGAAACUAACGGCUGUUUCCUAGCUGUACUCACCAGAGAGCCCGACCUGGAAGAGAUCGAGUCUGCACAGGAAGUGCUUGCCAGGGCAGCAGCCACGGGCCUAUUGGACGGGAUCGAUUCCAACAAUCCAACCAGGAAGGAGAGGCGUGGCCGACAGACCCACCAGGCACCAAUCAGUCACGCCCGCUCAGCUCAUACACGCCCACACGCCACYGCCAGCAGCCAAUCCAGAGUCAUGGAGUUCCUAAACCGUGAGACCAAGGGUAGUAGCUCCACCCCUACGGUGGGGUCGACCAAUGGAGGUCUGUCGCAACGAGGUAAAGCCAAGCCUGCUCGCCGACGCCCUCCCAAGCCCUGCCUCUCUAACAGUUCCUCCUACACCUCCCCUUACUCCGCCCCUAACCCCGCCUCCAGCCUCUCCAGGAAGAAUCAGACCCGCCUCAUCAACACUGCAGCCGCAUACAACAACCGCCUCUCGCCUACCGCCACAGACCCCAACCCCCCUGCUGCCCCUCUCACCACAGCCCCCUUCGCCCCCCUGGUCCACCCUGGCCCCCCUAAGGGACGUCAGGAGGUGCUGCGCCCCGUGGCCCUCACCCUGCCCCCGGUCCUGUUCCCUGGGUACUCCCCCCCGGCCAGACAGAUCCGGAACCUCCCUCCGCCCCCCCAGAGGUCCAACCCCACCCUGGCCUACUACCAGUGGAAGACCUCACCCUCCCAGGUGCCCCUGAUCAAGUCCUCUGGUAGUGUCAACGAAAAGCCUGUCGUCAAACACCCUCGCCCCUGGCUCUGACACAGCACACAGGACAAUACUUUAGGCAAAUACACACAGAUACACCCUCAAAUACUGAAGACAAAAAACACACUACCAUACACUGAAAUAUAGAAGACAUGUUACACACACACACACAUAUAUAUACACACACAUAUAUAUAUAUAUAUAUACACACAUACAAGUUACAUUCACACACAGUGUCCAUAGUGCUGUCACUACUAUAGUUUUAAAAAACAAUAAAGCACCUUUAAAGUAAUUUCACUUUAAUACUUUUUGUAUGUGUCAUAAAACAAGUAUGCCAUAGUCAAGUAUGCCAUCCUCAAGUAUACAGUAAUUGUAUAUUUUUACAGUAGUGCCAAUUACCAAAUAUGUGAUUUCAUGACUUCAAUGACUUGACGCAUUACAUGAGAAAAUAAACCUGCACUUUCAAGACC